AUGAAGGACGCCAAGCUGCCGCUCGGCUUCCGCGACAACUGUGCCCACCUGCUCAUCCCCCUCAACCAGUGCCGGUACGACACCUACUUCCUCCCGUGGAAGUGCCGCGACCUCUUCCACGACUAUGAGCACUGCCAGCACCACGAGUACGAGCGGCGCGUCAAGGUAUGGAAAGAGAAGAAGGCCAACGGCGAGGUUUGA